AUGGAGGAACUCACAAGAAUACAAGCAUCGAGACGAGCUCACAAAGCACAUGUGACAAGAUUAGUAAAGAAAACCAGCGAAAUUUUAACGAACGAAAAGCCCGACGAAAUGUUACUAAGCAGUUUAAAUACAUCUCUCGAACAAGUAGUAAGGAAAAGGGAUUUGAUACGGGAAUUAGACCAGAAAAUCGAAGCGAAAACUACAGACGAAAAGAACUUAGAAACGGAGAUAUUCGAAGCCGAAGAACUGAGCUGUGACCUGGAAGAAAAGAUCAACCACAUUC